AUGUCACAAGAAGUUAAAAUUGAAGCAAGCGGAAUACUAACCGAUGAGGACGAAGAAGACUUGUAACAAGAUCACCAAAAUAAUGAAUGUAGUAAGUAGGUAAAUCAUGAUGAAUCCAUUCAAAAUGAAGAGACUAAGAUUGAAACAAACGAUGAUAAUUAAAAUAAGAUGUAGGAUGAAUCUUCUUAGAUGAAUAAACAUAAUUUUACAAGCAUCAGUAAAUAAAUCGAGGACUCUGAUGAUAUAAAUUUUCACGAAGAGAGCUAUAAUAAGGAGUAGAUUUUGUAGAACGAUGAUAGAUAUGAAGAAAUUGAGUAGUAACACAUGGCAACAGAAGAAGAUUCAAAUGCAAAAAGAAAUCAAAUAUUCUCAAAAGAAUAAAUGAAUAGAUAAUUAUCGAAUGCCAUUAUAGAAGCUUCAUCGAAUAGUAGCCAAUUUACAAUUUAAUUUAGCAAAACUGAUGAAGUUAAAACAAAAAAAAGCUGCUCGCAAGAUGAUUAUGAAGUUUGCGAUAACAAUGUAUCAAAUACCUAGAUGGAUAGUAUAAAUAAAUAAUAAUAAUAAAGUGUUUCUGAAGCAAAGGACCAAGAAGAAAGUGACAAAGAAAAAAGUUAAAAAGCUAAAUAGGAUGAUGAAGAAGUAGAAGAGGAAGAAAAAACGGCAGAAGAUUAAGUAAAAGCUAAUAAUAAAUGUAACAUUUAUGAAUAAAAUAAUUAGGCUAGUGAGCAGAGUUAAGAGUUAUUUGAUUAAAGUUAAUAAAAUACCAAUACAGAGCACAAGUAGUUGCAUAAAGAGGAGUUUGGACAUUAAAUUGGUUAAAAUUAAGCCUUCGACCAAAAGUCUCCAGCCCAAAAUACUGAAAUUAUACAAAGAAAUUAAAAAAAAGGUAGUAUUAUGAUAGACCAUUAAGUUGAAGAUUCAAUGUUUCAUAUUGAGAAUAAAAAUAAUAAUGGAGAUGGGAAAAGUAGUAGCGCAAGCGAUAACGGUGAAGAAACAAUACAAAAUUUUAAUGAAAAUUAGAUACCUGAACAUUUGAGAAUGAUGAAAAAUAAGUCAAAUGAUUGUGAAGUAUAUAAUAAGAGUGGAGGGAAUUUCUGGGUAUCUAAUAUGCUUCAGAUAAAUUAACAUUAAAACGACCAUCCGCUUUAAAGCAGUGGUGGAAUAGUUAUUGUUGGCGGAGGUACCAAUAGCGAUAACUAUUCUUAUAAUUCUCCUGAAAUUAUCAAUGCAGCAAAUGAGAAAAAAUCAUCAACACCAGAUAUUAUUGAAAUGAACUUCACAUCAUCUAAUCAAACUAAUUCUUUCGGUUUUUCCAAGCUAAGUGUUGAAAAAAUAUCAAACAAAAAUGAUAAUAAUUAGAAUAGUAAUAGUAAUAACAAUAAUAACAAUAAUUAACUGAGUUAACUUAAUGCUAAUGGAAUGUUGAGCAUUGACUCUAAAUAAUUCAGUGGAAGCAACUCCUAUGAAUUAAAUUACUCAAUAAAGAUGAUGCACAGUUCAAAUGACCCCACAAGUAUAGACGAUAGCAAAAGGAUUAUUAAACAAUUCCAAAGCGAUUAAGAUGAUUAAUAGGUAGCCAGCGAAGAACAUAAUUGUGAAAUUAUUCUUCAGCAGGAUCCAACAUCUGAUUUUAGUAAGCAUCUUUUCCAAGCUAGAGCUGAUACUUUUCAAUAAAAAAAUAACACAGUCGCUUCAAAGCAAUUCAACUAAACUAGUAAAGAGUAAAAAGACACAUAAAAAAAGAUACAAAAAAAUGAUUAUUAUAUUGUGAGUUCAGAUAUCUAAUCAGAAGAUUAAUCAAAAGUAGAACAAACUGAUAAUUUUAAUAGAGAGAAAAAAAAAUCCUUAGUAAAAGGGCAGGAAGAAACAUAAAAAAAAUAAAGUUAUGAAAAAAUUUUUUAGACCUAAAAGGUAAGUUAAAAUUAGCAAAGUGCAAAUGAGCUAUUUGCUAAUUUCUUUAACUAAUCAACAAAUAUUAAAUAUGAAUCUGACCAAGCAAAUUUUAUCUAAACUGAGCAGCAAUAGUAUACAAUGACUGGUAGAAAUAACGAAACAUAAGCCUUUGCAAAUUUAAAAAGCGAAGAAAGUGCUCACCAUUUCGAUAAUACCAAAGAUAAUAAAAACCUCCAAGAAAUUUAAAUAAGAUCUAUCUAAUUAAAUGAUAAUUCUAAUUUAUCGAUUGAUAAUUAACAAGAAAACUCCUUAAAAACGAAUUUAGGCUAACUUUAGAAGAAAAAAAAUAAUUAACAAAAUAAAUUUAAAAAAAGUGAAAGACCUUAAUCCUAACAAGACCACUCAAAAUAAAAUCUUUAAAAAAUAGAUUAAGAUAAUCCAGGAAAUGUAGAUGUAAAUGCUAAUGAAAGCACUGAUACUUAUUAAUAAAAUUCUUCAGUAAUUCAAUCUAGAAGAGCUCUUGAACGUGUUAAUGUAUUUUACAAGAUUUUCAUCAUCUUUAAUUGUGUUUUGUAUGGAUACAUAAUACCUCAGCAAUUAUUGCCUUAAAGUGUACCUAAGCAACUUAUUUCACUCUAUUUAAUUAUAUGGGUUUUUGCUUCUUGUUGUAUAAAAAAGGAGGUUAAUUUUGAUUUUUCUAUAUGCUAUAGAGUAGGACUAAGUGCUGCUAAUUUUUUUAUCUCUGAAUCACAUUCUUAUUUUUAUUCAAAUUUACUAAAUAUUUUAUUUUUCGGGUAGUUUUUAUUUUCUUUGUGGAGUUUGAGAGCUCUUUCAAUUAGAAUAAGAAGUAUCACUGAUGUUAUACAAUCUUCCUUCAAGCCUAAUUUAGAAAUUUUUGGAUUUUUAGUUAUUUUGAUUUUGCUCUUUAACAUAAGUUUUAAUGUGUUCAACUUAACUGAACUAUCACCAAAGGGUAUAUACUCAUUUAGCUCAAUUGAGUAUUUUAGAUAUUAUGUAUUAACAAUCUACACAAGUGGAUCUAAAAUUGACUCUAAUAAUUAUGAAAAUGGAUACAAUUUAUCUCAGCCUUAAAUUUAUUUCGCGUUUGCUUGUGCUUUAGUGUGUCUAUUUUUCUUAAAAUUAGUUGUUGAGAAUCUCUUAAGCAUAGUUUAGAAAGUUAGCUAAGAGCAAUAUUAUGAAUAUGUAGGUACUCAUUUUAGUUUAGGUAGAUUUGCAAUCUUUAAAGAUAACGAUAACAUGAACAAUCUUUAUAACAAUAAACCUUUAUACUCAAUAAUUUAAGGGAUUUCUAUUAUUGCGUAUUCUGUCUAUUAUUAUUUGGAUAAUACUUAGGAUAGUUUUAGAUUCUUUAGUUUCUUUUUCAUAUUUUAUGAAAUAGUAAUUGAUAAAUUAAUGUCAAAUGCCAUCUCUAUUUUUAAGAAUAUUCUUUAUAUUCUUGUGAUGUUUAAUCCUAGCUACUACCGUUUGUUCGCUAUAUUUAUAUUUUAUGGAAUAUGCUCUCACAUGACGUUCUUUACUGCAGUUUCUACUCAUUUAGCAACUCUCCUACUAGAUUUUACUGUUAUCGUAUUCUUCAACUUCGUUAUUUAUCAUGCAUAUAUUGAUUGCAACUCAUCCAGUGCUAUUUCUCCAUACAUACCUCUUGCUUUGAUGUUCUUCUUUUUUUAGCCAAUGCUGAAAGGAAUGAUGCUCAGAUAUUCAGAGAUUUUCGAAAUUGAAGAGGAUGAAGAGGCAAUUUUAAGCACUUUAGGCACUUAAUUUGGAUAAGCCAAAUAGCCAAUUUAGCAAGGAGGCGAAAAUUAUGAUAAUUUUGAAGACGAAAUCGAUUUAUAAGAUGAUUCAAGAACUUAAGAUAGAUAAGUUCUAAAUAAUUAAUCUGUAAAUCCUUAUUUGGAUUAAUCCAUUUAGAGAAACUUUAUUCAAAAUCAUUCAAGCAAUAGAAGCCAAGACACGAAGUCUUUUUUCUUGUUUUCUAGAAGAAAUUGCCUAAGAGUAGCAUGCCUAAAAUUAGUUAAUUCGGUAUUAUUUUGUUAAAUGACAUCUAUGUUGUAUCUGCUAAUUUCUGUAAAAGAAAUUUUUUACUUCUUAUGCUCUGCUUUUUCAAUAAAUUACCAUAACGAUUUUAAUGUUAUAGUUUCUUACUUUGAGAAAUUCGUAGAACCUCCUCUGUUCGCGCUGAUUAUUCUUAUUAAUAGUAUUAGUUAUGGCUUGCUUUUCGAUAGAAAAUCAUACUUGCUAAAAUCACUAAGAAAUUUGAUAUUUUUUUGCAUAUGUCUCAUUGCUUAUGGCAUCUAGCCAUUCUUUUAAAAUACUUAUUUUGGGUUUCUUAGAGUUAUUUUUUUAAUGUACCUGAUACCUUUUGGUAUUAAAAGACUUGCUGAUAUUAUUUAAGCCAUAUCACAUUCAAAGAAAGUUUUACUUUAAAUCUUAUUUAUUUUCUUAUCCAUUUAUCUGAUAUUUGUCCUUUUCGUCUAACCUUCAAUAAAAAAUUAAUCAGACUAUGUAAUUCUAUUCAUUAGCUAGUUGCUCUAUCUCUUUUCAGUCAAUUUCUUUGUGAGUAUAAUUCUAGUAGAGUAUUCCAAGCAAUAGUUAAAAUACCAGAAUCCAAACAUAAUCUGGACCUCAAUAAAAUAAAAAAUAGCUAACCACAAAUUCAAUUUCUAUUUUAUUAAAUCAAGAAAUAUAAAUCAAUAAGCUUCAAUUUUUCAUAGAUUUUUGAAAAGUAAAUGGCAUAAUUUUACUGUUUCUUUAGUGACAGGAUUGUUCUAUCUUUCUCUUUUUCUUAUUGGCAUAGUAGAAGAGUAUUUACCAUAAGAUGAGUAUUUAUAUUUAACAGUAGAAAAUUACUAACUGAAAUCUAUAGCUAUUUAAGGUUUCUCUUGUUUAAUAUUCCUCUAUUGCUUAAUGCAUACUCAUGUUUACUACAAUACUCCUUUCUCCUCUUUAACAACUUUAAAUAAGACUCUUUUAGCCCAGUCACUGAUUCUUUCGCUAAUUUUCGUUAUUAACAUUUUUUCAGAUGUGCUUAAGAAUGAAAACUUACAAAUUCAAUUUUUGUUAUAGCUUCCUAUGCUUUUAAGGACUAAGUAUAUGUUUCCUAUCAUUAAAUUUAAAAAGUAAAUUUUUAGGUAAGCUCUUCUCACAUUUACAGUAUCUCUGACCACUAUAGUUUGCUUAUCUUACUAUUUAGAAAAUUCAAGCAAAAGCAUAAUUGAGUAUUUGCUCAUGAUUUUCAACCUUAAUCCUAAUUAUUUUUUAAUUGAUUAAUCUUAAGGUUAUAAAAAUAUUUUGUAUUUAAUAAUUAUUUAUUCGUGCAACGGCAUUUUAAACACUGUUAUCGUUUUAGAUAUCAUCCGAAAAUUUGAUUUAAAUGAAUCAGCUUAAGCUAAAAACAAAUAUAAGCAGAUUGUAGCAAUUUUCGAGAGUACUUGGGAUAAAUAUAAAUUUUCUUAGAAUGGCUCUUUGAUGAAAGUAUCUAAUCUCAUCUACUUCUUAGUAAAAUUUGAUGCAACAAUGGAAGAAGAAGAGCAAAUAAGGUAAAGCAAUAAAAAGAAAAAGGUAUCAAAACUGCAAUAUCAGAAAAGGAUUAUGAAUAUGAAGAUUAAGAUAAAUGAAGAUUCAUGUCUUUACUACAAAGAUCUGCUCUUUUAUUUAAUUAGCGAAAAGUUUAAUAGAAUUCAAACUGAUCAAAACUAUUGUUAUGGCUCAAUGUCUUCUUUCAAUAAUAUGAAUUCUUCCAUUUUCUCGAAUUGUACUGCAGAAGAACUAGAACUUUCACAACUCAGCUAAAGAAGAAGAUGGAAAGUCUAUAAUCCAAUUAAAAAUCAUCUUUAUGCAACUCUGGCUUUGUAAGCAUGGAAAAAGUAUACAGAUAUCGUAUUGAAUUCUAAAAAUGGAGAAAAAAGCAUUUUUGAUGAAACCACAGAAGAAUAGUAAAAAAAAGAUUAAUAUGAAGAGGAGGAGGAAGACAGUAUAUUCUUCGAUCCUAAUAUCGUGCCACCUGAAACCAUUUAAUAACAAUCUUUAAGAUCAAAUUUUGAAACAAAAUGA